GCAUAAGAUCUGUUUAAGGUGAGUUUGGUCAACAAAAAGUAGAAGAACUCAAGAGUGGGAUGAACAGAGACGUUUUAUUAGAGUCGGAAUAACGAGGGUACAAGAGUAAGAAAGCCGGCUAGUCGAUGCUCGGUGAGAUCCUAGCCGGAAGUACAAGAGAGCGGCGAGAUACAAAGAGAAUAAAGGAAACCCUAAUCUUGCCGCAAGUCUGUCUGUCUAUGUGGUGAUGCCUUUCUUUCCUGUCCUCAACUCCUUAUAUAGUCUCCUAGGUCGGUUGGCUUUGACCUAAUCCGUCCCCUUCGUUAUGGGCCUUUUGGCUUAAAGGCCCAGUCGAGAAGACUGCUCGGCCCGAGCCGCCUGAUCGUUUCCAUCGGCUUCUCGUCGUUCAGCUAUAGAGGUCUCGAGCCGAGUCGCGGCUCGUCAGAAGCCGUCUCCGAGCCGGUCAUCCUUUGAAUGGUAGUAAUGGGCCUCCUAUUCGCUGGGCCUUGUGGAUGGUGCCAAUCCAUCCCCAACAGUAAGUCCCCCCCUAGUUCGUUGUCGAGCAGCUGGUCGCAGCGAAUUAGUGAGUUAGGGCUCGAAGAAUAGGAGGUUUGAUAGUCGGUUCCUUUGAUUUAACCGAGGAACCGCCGGCGGAAAGAGUUCCGGAUGUUCCCGAACGAACAACCGACCUAUCGUACGCUCGAUGCCUCAGAUGAACUCCUCUAAACCGAUGAAUCGACUGUGCCGGUUUUUGAUGUGACAGCGAACCAUCACCGGUUUUCGAUCGAGAAGCUGAAACGUCGCUAGGGUUUUUUGUCGGGAAUCCGAAAGGUCGCGUCUGAGUGUGACGCGCGAGCCCGCCGACAGGCCCAAUUAGGCCCGCUUAGGGCUAAUGAUGGCACCUCGUGGGAGGCGCCUUCACUCUCUCUAUAAAUAAGAGGUCUCUCUCGAGAUCUCUCUCAUUCUUCUCUCAGUUUAUCAGGUACUUUCUCUCUCUACUCCUUAUCUCUCUAGCUUUUGCUCUCUGUUUUAGUUCCUCUACUCGAUAUGUCGACGAGCAAACAACUUUCUCGAGAACAAAAGGGAAAGAUGAUUUCGAGCACCACUGGUCCCGAUAGUGAUCUGGAGAGGGUUCGCGGAUCCGGCGAUAGCGUAGAGGAGGCUCAUCGCGAGGCGAUGAUGGAUACCGAGAACAUGACCCGAGAGCAGCGUAUGCUCGUCUCGGUAGCGAUUGUUCAAUCUCGCGCAGACGAUGACGGAGGCGAUGGCUCUCCUGACGACGGGAUGACUCCCUACUGCUUCUACCCGGGAAAUAUUUUCGAGGAGCAGCGCCGACUCGAUCCGUCGCGAGCUCGUCCCCCUGUAGUUGAGGGGCAAGACUGGAGGAACGUUUUACCGACGCGAUCCACAUUCGAGUCGGUGACGAAGCUGCUGAAGAGAGGCAAGGCGACCGGGGUUACAUUCAUAAUCCCGUCAAAGACCCAAAGGCCGUGGUCCCCCCCGAAGGGGUAUCAGUGCGUAUACGAGUCGUACUUCGAAAAGGACACGAAACUAUGGUUUCCGAUUCCUCGACUCGUCACCGCCUACACGAUGCGCCGAGGAGUCGCUUUGAGCCAAUUCUUGAAUGGCGCUUGGCGUCUAGCAGUUGCGCUGAUGGUGAUUGGGGCGGAAGCUGGCGCUGCUCUCAGCGUCCGAGCAUUUGAGGAGCUGGUCUCGGUGAAGAUUAAUCGAGGCCUGUUAUCACUGAAGAUACGCCCGAACUAUAAUGUGGUAACGGGCUAUCCGACCAAGACGAACGACUGGCAGCGAUCGUACUUCUAUGUUAAGUCCGAUCGCUCGGCUUUCGAGGAGCCGCUGAAGACCGGUUACCGUGUUCUUUGGAACAAUGAAUUUGGUAUUGAAUGUUCUUUAAUCUUUUACUGUUUCAGACUCCUGACCAUCUCUUUUUCUCUUGUUUUGACAGUUCCUCACUCGAAUACCGCGGAGUACGAGGAAGAUUUCUUGGAGAGUGCUCGGAUUAUCGCGUCCCAGAAACAGGAUUUUUGGGAGAACUUCUCGUACAGGAGGAUUCGUAGGUCGAUUGAUCGGAUCAAGCGGCAGGUUUGGCGUUCGGACACCGUUCCUCUCAUCACCAAAAAGUCGAAGAGAAUCAACUUGUUCACCAAAGCCGAGCAGAUUGAAAUUAACCGAGCCAGAGCUAUGAGGGAAUUGCCGGAUCUAAGUUUGGUGGUUGGGAAGCAACUCGGGUUCGUGGAACCGGACCAAAGCUCUAACGCAAACUCCUCUGAUCCCGGGGAGCCGAGAGCGACUGAGUCGGACGGGGCUCAGCUCGUGAGAAAGUCGGGGAGCAAGAGGAAGGAGAGGGAAGGCGUUUCUUCCGAGGAGAAGCAAGCCGAGGAGACUUCCACCGGUGGGGGCGCCGGAUCGGAGAAGAAGCGGGCGCGCAAGGAUCCCGUUGAGGUUCGGCCUUCCUCUGUGGAGAGAGGUGAGCUCCAGGCCUUGGAGCCUAGCAACAAUUCUCGAGAUGACGUUCUCCCGGAUCCGUCUCUCGAUGGUGGUCUUCAGGGGACUUCUUCUAAGGUGAAGAAGAAGUCGAAAAAGAAUAAUAAGAAGAGUGCCGGCGAAUCCUCGGGGCACGAGAUAGCGCCCAAUACGGAGAAGGAAACCGUGGAGGCUCCGACUACUGCCGUUUCCCUCCCCAAGGCGGCGGUUCGUGAAGAUGCCCGGGGAUCGAACAGGUCCUCUCCGAAGGCUCAGGAGGGUAAGGCUGUGCCGAAGAACCUGCAGGGGUUUUGCCCGGAUAAAGUGGACUUCAUUUUCAAGCGGGACACUCCUCUCGUUUGUAACGAGAGAGAUUGCGCUCGUUUCGUCCGCCAAGUCCGGGGAAGUAGGGAGCAUCUCCCACUCGUCAAGGACUUAGUUUUCCAAGACGAGUACACCGCUGCUGCCGGUUCCUCGGUUAAGGUAAGUAUAGUUUCUGCAUCGCAUUCGUUUCUCGUCUUUCUUCUCAUUUGGUCGUCCUAUCCCAACUCUUUCUUUGAUGUGUUGCAGAGCCAAGGUGACUGGAACGAGGUCGUCCGCAUAUACGACAAAGAGCUGAAGAGGACCUAUGGUGUGAUUGAUAGGCAACGGCGCAACACCAAGGAGGCGACUGUCGCCUUAGAGGUCAUGCUGAAGAAGAAGGACGAAGCGGUUAUUGCAGAAGCGGCCAUGAGGGAUGAACUCUCCCAGAAAGAGGCGGCUAUGAACAAGGAGCUGAAGCGAGCCCGGGAGUUGGUUAAAGCGCUCGAGAAAGAGAAAACCAAGCUGGCAAACGAGAAGAAGACCCUCGAGGAAGAGAAGGCGGCUGCUGCCUUAGAGCAUUCCAAGGAGAUGGAUCGUCUCCGAGAGUCGCGCCGCUAUGAGGUUACUCACGAACGGAUCCGAGUAAUGGCGGCGAUGCAUGGGAAAGCCGCCGCUCGCUUCCAGAGGAUCCAGGAUCGGGAGUCCCGUCGUGAUAACUUUGAGGAUGCGAGAUGCAUGCUCGGCCAGGCUCGGGGGAUGAGACGUUGCCUUGAAGGGAUGAAAGCGGCAGGUAAAAACAUCUCUCAGGGAGAUAUUGAUAUCUACGCCGGGCAAGAGAGGCAUUAUGAUGCGGAGGUGAAGCGUUUGAUCGUAGAUGAUCUUCUCGAGAAGGACCUUUCUUUAUCUCCUCUCGUGCUCGAGUCGAGGUUCGUUAUCCAGGAGAUGAUGGAUAAAAUCGACAAAUUUGGGUCGAACAUGGACUUGCUCGACUCCGAGGCCGCCAAGACGCUUCGCACUCCCCUCAGAGCACCAGGGGAUCGAUCCGAAGAGCCGUCGAAGAGCCUUCUCGACACCGUUCAGUCGCCAGCUCGCCCUGAUGCUGUUCUCCCGGGUCAAGAAGUUGCCCUUAAGGACCCUUCCGUGGCUGAGGAGACGAACAAGUCAGCUCCCGACGAACCGAUCUCCAACACGCCGGUCAAUAUCUCCGACUCGCCGUCAUUCGAGGAUGCGGAUUCUGGCGCGAGUGAAGGACAUCUCGAGGGGGCGGACUCUGGCGCGAGCGAAGAACAUCCCGAGGAGGAUCUUCCUGCCUUGGAUUAGUAUUUGAUGUUUGUUGUAUCUGACUUUUGGCGCUUGUGCCUUUAAAACUAUUUCCUUUUCUCGGCUAAGGCCUUUUGUUGUAUGAACUACUGCCUUGCUUUUUCUUCAGACCUUUUAUGAAUUUUUAUUAUAUAUUUCAGUAAAUCGUUUCCACUUAGAAAUAUGUAAAUCGUUUUUGUUUUUAACCGAGAAAGGAUUCAUUCGA